AUGGGCGCAGAUCCCAAUAUGGGCAUUGAGUCGACUGCCGAGGCCGGUAAGUGGUCGCCACUUGUCGUGGCAUCCGACGAUGGGUUUAAGCAAUGCGUGCAACUCCUUCUUGACAACAAUGCAAACCCAAACAUCAGUGGUCCCACUGAAAUUGGUACGCCACUAAGAUAUGCUGCCGUCAAGGGACACCUGGAUAUCUGCAGGCUGCUCCUUCUCGGUGGUGCUGAGCCUAACAGUUCUCUGAUUAAUCCUCCGAUUCUGAUCCAAAUCAUCACUGACUACGCUGCGAGCGAUAACCAGCUUGAGGUUUUUGAUUUGCUUCUUGAGCAUAACGCAGAUGUAAAUGCCAAGGACAGCGAUGGAGUGCCAGUGUUGAUUCAUGCUGUAAAAAGCAACAGUCAGGGCGAUUCAUUCGUCCGUCGCCUACUAGAGCAUGAUGCGGAUGUUAAUAUCCUCGACUCGGACAAUAAUGGCGCCCUGUAUUAUGCUGCUGAGAAUGGUCAUCAGGAGCUCGUUGAGCUUCUGUUGGAAAAGAACGCAGCUGUGAACCAAGUGAGCACCGCUGGCGUAACUCCGCUGUACUUUGCAGUGCCUGAACCCGAGAUUGCUCGCGUGCUGCUAGAAAAAGGUGCCGACCCAGACCUCGCUAGAAGCUAUGGAUUCACCGCUCUCAUGUUUGCGGCCUGGUUUAAGCACACAGAAACUUUGGAGUAUCUCCUAAAGCACAACGCAUCAGUGGAUUUAGAAUACAGUGGGGAUGAUGAAGAUCUCAAGGGGUGGACGGCACUAACUGUAAGCAAUUCUCGAAGUGGAUGCUUUGUUUAUUACAACCCAUGCCGCAAGUCUCAUGAUCGAAGGCUCAGUCCCAAGUUGGUCUACUAG